AUGAUGGCAACACUUCUAACUGACUUCCCUUCAUACGAUGAAGAGACAGAGUUUAGCAAUACAAAUGAUGAACAUAAUCAUCAGACCAAUAUUCCAAUUGUUGUUGAACCAACAACAAUGACAAGAAAAGAUUCAGUUGUCAUUCCAUCAUUUUCAAAUAGUUCGAUAUCAAGCGUACUCCAAAUCGAAAACAAUACAAAGAAUAACGCCAAUUCGCUUUUACCUGUUUGUACUUCGAAUAGUCUUGGUGAUCUUAGUUCGACUCCAUUGUUGUUAUUGGACAAUCCAACGUCAAUCUCACCCUUGCCACCGGCAACAACUAAUCAGGAAACUGAAGCAAAAGCUGAAACAACAACAUUCAUUCAAUGCCGAUCAUUUCCAUCGAGUAGUUCAUCGUCAUCAACGAAAUCUUCAGCAUCAAAUCAUUCUCAACAGACUCCAAUUGAACACGAACCUCUGAAAAAUGAAUUCGAAGAUGAAAUUGAAUCACCUCCAGCGUCAAAACCGAUUCAAAAGAAAGCUCCAGCUCCGCCACCGCCACCAGUAACAGCACAUGCGCCUGCACCUGUUGAAACCUUUCCAUCCAAACGUACGGUUUCUCAAUCAGCAGGUGAAAGUCUCUACUAUCCUGAAGAGGAUAGCUACUCAUCGGCUCAACGUCAAUCUCGUCGAUCGUUAAGUCGACAAAAUCAUCAACGUCAUGGAAGUGCCGAUCUGUUAUGUCGUCAAAUAAAUCACGAAUACAUGAAUCGCUCGUCAACAACAAAUGCUUCAUUUUAUCCAUCAGAUAAUUAUCUUCCUAAUCAAAUGAAUUACUACGAAUAUGAGCCCAACAAUGACGCAUAUGUUCAACAAUUAGUUCAAGAAUUAAAGCUGACAAAAGAACAACUGAAUGCGACAAUGAAGAGUAUCAAAACAUUUUGGAGUCCCGAACUGAAAAAAGAACGAGCUUUAAGAAAAGACGAAUCAUGUCGAUAUCAAUUAUAUAUAACCGAGCACCAAAAACGUUCAAAACAAGACACUCAUGUUCAAUCUCUCGAACAGCAACUACGACAAAUGCGUGAUGAACUUGAGAAAGCUCGACACAUUAAUCUAACAUCAACAAUUCCAUCAACAUUCACCAUUCCAGAUCAACAACAACCGUCCAUCGAUGCAAAUACGAUCUCUCUCAGACAAUAUCAAGACAUUAAAGACAAAUUAGAGCAACGGAUCAACGAAUUGCAUGCAAAAGAUAAUGAAUGUGUUACUCUUAAAGCAAAAGUUGAUACUUAUGAAAGUAAAGACAAAGAUUUACAGCAUUACAUAAGUAUUUUAAAAGAAUCGAUACUGAUCAAAGACCAACAAGUUAAUAUGAUUCAAUCUGAAAUAAACGAUCUUCGCACACGGUUGAAAGAAAAAGAUGCAAUAAUUGAAAAGAAAAACUCGAAAAUUCAGUCUACGCGCGUCGAUCGACAACAACGUGAAUACGAUUUACAAGAAUCCAAACAGCAAUUAGAUAUUCGCGAUCGAAAGAUCAAUGUUCUCAAUCGUAAAAUCGAAAAUCUCGAAGAGCAAAUUCGCGACAAAUCAAACCAAAUAGCUGCAGCUCGUGCUAAGUUAACAGCCGUAACGACAACAGCUGCGUCCGUCAAUAUCCCACAACAAACAUCAGUUAGCAAUAACACAUUAGUUUCUAAUCUAGAAGCAACAGUCGCCGAUAAAGAACGGCUAAUUGAAAAAUUACGCGAACAAAGACAUACGUUCGAUAUUGAACAUCAAGAGGAAAUCGAACAAUUGCAAAAGACUCUCAACGAGACAAGAUUAAAACUUGAACAGAAAGAAAAAGAUUAUUACGAAGGACAAAAUCACAUUAUCGAAUUAAAAGAACAAAUCAACAAUGCGAAAUCGUUACUGCAACGUCGUGAAGCACAUAUUCAAAGUCUUGAACAGCAAAUCCUUAGUUUGAAGAAAGUUAAAAGUGACUCAGGGGAUACAGCGAAAUUAGAAUAUGAAAAUCGAACGUUACAAGAUCGAUUAUCGACUUUCGAGUUGGAACGUACGGAAAUGAAACGGGAAAUUGAAUGGAUGCAACAGGAACUUGAACAACAGAAAUUUUCUCCGUCGACUUCAACGAAUGAAACAAACGAACAGGAACAACAGCAAUUUGAAUUGGCAUUGAAUAAAAAACAACAACGAAUCGAAGAACUCGAACAAGCGGUUCGAGAAAGUUUACAAAUCACCACGGAAAGAGAAUACGCCAUGACUCAACAGAAACGGAAAGUUGAGAAUUUAGACAAACAGAUUAAAACUCUGCAGAAUGAAAUCGAACAUUUGCGUGGAGAAAAUAAUGAACAAUCUCAGAUAGUUACACAUUUACAAAUGGAAUUGAAUGAAAGAAAACGGCAGUACGAGCAACGAUUAGAAGAACAGAUCAAACAUUUGGAUGAUGCGUUCAUUUCUCAACAAGAAAAACUUCUAGGAGAAUUGAGCGAAAAAGAUUCGCAGAUAGCUGAUUUAGAAAUGGAUCGAAGUAGUUCAGGAGCAUCAAAUCGUGCAAGUACAAUAAAAAAACUGAAUUCUGAAAAACACCAAUUACACAAUCAAUUGAAAGAACUUACGGAAAUUCGAAUGAAAAUCAUUCAAGAGCACAUGGCUUCGAAACAAGAAUACGAACAACGAGAAAAGUCCGUACCAUUUUCACCGGUGAAUUCUUUGAAAUCUAACAGUUUAACAGAUGGUGAUGGCCUUUUUUGCUGA